GUUCAAUCAAUAUGUCUGCGCCCAUGGUCUAAGAUCUAUUCAGAAAAAAAGAUGUUUCGAAUUGCCUUCUGAAUAAUAAGAACUUAUAUUUUUGACGGAUGAGAUAAGUAGAAACCAUGACAGAAAAGAUGCCUAACAUCAAAUCAAAGUUUGUGAUGCUGUUCAAAGCUCCCAAAGAAACUGAAGAAGAUAAUUUUGUUGUGCAUCUGAAGAAUGCAGGUUACAAUGCACUCAGCAUCCCAGUGUUAGCAUUCAAGUUUGUAAACACUGAGAAACUAGCUUCCUGUUUGCAAGAACUUGACUCCUAUUCUGCUGUUAUAUUCACCAGUCCUAGAACUGUCCAGGCUGCAGUGCUUGCGGCAGAACAUAUCCAGUCAUCUGAAAGCGGCCCUCUUGGAUUAGACAAAAUCAAAUGUUAUGUUGUGGGAAAGAGUACCGGGGCUGCAGCCAAAAAAGCUGGUUUCAAACCUGAGGGAGAAGGAGCUGGAAAUGCAAGUGAACUGGCAGACAUCAUCAUUGCAGGGUCUAACAGUGAAGGCACAAAACCUUUCCUUUACCCUUGCAGCAACUUAAGACGAGAUAUCAUUACAGAAAAGCUGAAGGGCAAAGAUUUCACCCUGAAUGAAGUGACUGUUUAUGAAACAUGUCCAAACGAAAGCCUGGAAACUGUUGUGAAAAGUGCUGUAUCAUCAGAGGGUCUGCCCGAGUUUGCCGUGUUCUUCAGUCCGUCUGGGGUACUCAACACAGAACAUAUUGUAGCUGAAGGAAUCUUACCUCUGCAAAAAAUCAAGGUUGUUGCUCUUGGACCUACCACAAACAAGGAGCUGGUCUCACGAGGUUUCAGUCCAAUUGGCACCGCUAAAAAACCAGAUCCUGCCAGCUUGGUAGAGGUACUGAAGCAGGAUUUGGAAAGUGCAGACGGAAAUAAGUAACAGCUAUCUCUGUUCCACAGCGGAUGAGCCAUGGAAUGAAUUUGUUGCAUGCUUUGUAACCAUAUUAAAGAAAAACCUAACAGUAAAUAUGUUGUUGAUCCCUGCUACUUAAAAGUGUAUCUCCUGGAUAUUUCAUUAUCAACAGCUCUUCAUGAUGAUGUUGUUUCAUCAAAAUGAGGGACUCAUCAUGACUCACCACUGACUGUUAUUUGUUUUGUUACUGAAAAUAAAAGCUUGCUUGCAUUGAGUGAAUAUUAAAAUCUGAUAUUAACAUUUAUGUACUUGUGUUAGACAAGUAAAACCUGAGUGGGAACAAGUGCUUAUCUUAGUGGCAAACCAGGUGCGACAUAUGUUACCUUGGUCUUUCUGUUCAGUCAUUUUAAAAUCUAAAAGUGCCAUUUUAAAUAUACAACAGAUUCAGAAUGUCCCAGGAGAGUGUAUGGGUCCUCCCUGAGAAACAUGAUCAUUUCCCACCUUCCCUCAGUCUGUGAGUUGACCAUACAUGAUGAUCAUUUCCCACCUUCCCUCAGUCUGUGAGUUGACCAUACAUGAUGAUCAUUUCCCACCUUCCCUCAGUCUGUGAGUUGACCAUACAUGAUGAUCAUUUCCCACCUUCCCUCAGUCUGUGAGUUGACCAUACAUGUAGUUUUUGGUAUGGCACUAUUAGGUUUUCAAAACAACAAAAAAUACUUUCUGCAUGGAUACUUGAAAACUUUGAGAUCACCCCCCAACUUCCAGUAUGUGUUUAAGUGAGGAAUAGUGCUUAUGUAUAAAUAUUUAUUAUGGAUUGAAAUGCAUGUAUUGUGCAUUUUACCAAUGACUGCUCAAAUUUUCAGAGAAAAGGUCUUUUCCUCAGAUCUGGUGCUAUUUGCUUUAUGGAAUGUUGAUGUAUUACACAUGGUCUGGUUACUCCAUUUUUAUUUCUUGCUUUGCAGAAAUGGUUGUGUCAGUUUCAAAAUGUUACUUAAAACGCUUACUGAGAACCCUACAAUUUUCAAAUGUCAGAAACAUAGUCAUAUAUGAAAAUAUAAACAGUAUUUGUGUGUGAGUGUGAUUGUGUGUGUGUGAUCAUGUGCGCGUGUGUGUGUGUAUUUUGAAACUAAUAAUCAAUGUUACUGUUAUGAGAGGAAAAUGUCUUCAAUUUUGUUUUGACUGUAGCACAUUUUUUUCCACAUGAAAUAUUCAUAGCAUUUUAUUGAUUAUUAGUUGAAAACUGCAGAGAUAGUUGCAUGUUUAUUGUAGUUACAAAGCAACUGAAGAGAGAAAACAGGUAUAAAAUAAACAUUGGAACUAACUUCAGAUUGUAUUGUUAGCAAGUUUUGUUAUAAAAAUAAUUUUUUUAAAUUUUUACAAACCAUUUAUUAGUAAACAAUGACAUAAAAUUGGAGUGACCUUAAAAUGUGUUAUAUUCUUAUUAAAGUAUCAUACAUUUAUGCAUGCAUGUUGGUGCCUUGUUACACACACAGUUAAUAUACAUGUAUUUAGAUAGGUGUAAUAUACAUGUAAUUGUGAUAUAUACUGUGUUUAAUAUUUUAAUAAGAUGUACCUAAUAUCUGGGUCAUUCCAGUUCAAUUUAAUCAGAUAAAUAUAUUAUGAAUCUUUGCAAUAUAUUAGGACAAAAUAUCCAAUCUAUACUUUGUAAAUAUCCCUGGGGUCUACAGAUUUGAGGUGGGGCUGUUCUCGGUUUAUUAUUAUUAUUAUUAUUAUAUUUUAUUUUUAUCUAGAAGAGAUUGGAAUCAAGUUUUUUGUCUGACUGUUGUAAAACAUUGGUACACAAAUGUCCUUGUUGGUGAAAGCAUGCUAUUUAACUUGCUGUAUACCAGAGAUAAAUAUAUAAUUAUUUCAUUGUGGAAUGAACAUAUAAAAGUUUUACUGCUUCUGGAUCAAAAGAUAAACGUUUUGGAAAACAUAAUAUGGUAAAAAAAAAAAAACGCCUAUAAAAACUCCAUGUCUAAAGGGCUAUAUCUUCAAAGCUAUUGACUAUUGUAUCCUAGAUGUGUGUCUGAAAAUUAUGAAAAUUAUGCUUGAAUUUGAAAUUGAGGGGUCUUCUGAUUGAAUUGAACUGGAAUUAUUCAUAUUGAUCACUUUUACAUAUUCUGUAUCUACUGGGUAUUUAUCGAGAUGACAUGAAUCGGGAACAUAGCUAGUGGGGGUGGGGAUCAAAGGGGCAAAUGCCCCACCCCCACCCCCAAAACCCCCCAAACAAUUUACUGAUGAUUGAUAUUGACGUUUUAAAUAUGUAACCUUCCUGAAAUGGCUAUAGUUUUCAAAAUGUCCCGGGGGGGGGGGGGGGGGGGGGCAGGACCCCCUUGUGUCUUGCGCCUUCCAUGCUCUUUCUUUCCAUGAAUUCAUCUGCCUCCGACACAUACACACACAAAUUCUUAGCUACGGCUAAAAUUAGUUUAAAAGCACAUCAGUGUUAUUCUAGGGCCCUGUUUUAUAAAGGGAUCAUACCGUAUUCAAUUAAGGUGAUCAAUGCACUAACAUCGCUUCGUAAAACGGGGUCCAGCUCCAUAGUUAAUUACCAUACAUUUUCAUGCAUAUUUACGUUUUCUGUCCUUUUUUUCCCCCUAGAAUACCGAUGUAUUGACAGUGUCACUUACUGUCAGUCUUUUUCAGUAUUCUCUGUAUAUAGACAGAACAUUAAUUUCAGUGUUUUGUAUACACGAAAUUGUCACAAUUGCUUGCUUAGUAUAAGCUACACGGUAUAAACUAGGUGUGGUGCACGGGGCACAUUAAUGCAAUACUUGAUAGUAAAAGUCACACUUACUACGUCCCUCCGGACUAAAACUAGGUGGGGCUCAAAACUAGGUGGUGUUUAAUUAAAUUCAAGAUGCAUAUUUCACAUUUUUACCUCAUGUGUUUGUACUGCUUUGUUUUAUUUAUACAACAAAUGUUUUUAUAUUUAAUGAAUAAAGCUUUGUAGUAAGAAA